CACUGUACCGGAGUGUCCCAGUCCGUAUCGUGCGAUCGGUUCUGACUAGUCGCGUGCCCUUUCGCGUGUGAUCAAUCCUCACUGCAAGUUAGGCGUUAGCGGUGCGUGUAAAGUGCAUUUACCGUCCAGUGCCGAAGUGAACAUGAAGCUGCAAAUUGCUCUACUACUUACCGUCGCCAUUAUCGGAACCGGGUCCGCCGCCAAAUUCCCAAAUGCCUUCUCGCGAUGCAAACAGGAGGAUGGCAACUGUUUACUGGAGGCGGUCACUGCCACCUUCCGGAAUUUCCACAAAGGAGUUCCGGAAAUUGGGCUGGUACCACUAGAUCCGUUGCGCAUCGAUAAAAUGGACAUCGUGCAAGGAGAUGGUCCAAUCAACAUCGUACUAAACUUCAAAAAGGUGGACCUAGGUGGAUUCCGGGAGGCUCAAAUUAAGAAAAUCAACGGAUUCACUUCUAAUCCUACCAAGAUGGAGAUGAACCUUCUCGUUCCGGUUGCUUCACUCGUCGGAGGUUAUAGAAUUAAUGGCAAAGUGUUGAUCCUUCCCAUUCAAGGUGAAGGUAACAGCAAUAUGACUAUGGUUAACUGUGAUAUAUCGCUAAAGUGGACCGGUAAGCUUGUGGAGAAGAGUGGCCAACAAUUUUACCAAGUCGACAAGUUUAAGGUGCACUUCGACACCAGCCGGUUCUACAUGGACUUUUCGAACCUGUUCAACGGUGAUAAGGCGCUUGGCGAUAAUAUGAAUGUGUUCCUGAAUGAUAACUGGCAGGACAUCCUAAAGGAACUGAAGCCUGCGAUAUCAGCGGCAUUUACAAAGAUUUUCCAGGCUGUUGUUAGCAACGUUUUCAACAAAGUGCCUUACAACGAGCUUUAUCUCGCUUCUGCUUCAUACAGUCAGUGUAAGACGGGCGAUGAGCCGUGCGUCGUGCAAGCCAUAACCAAUACAUUCCAAAAGUUCCAAGGCGGCGUUCCGGCACUGGGUCUCGCAUCCCUGGAUCCAUUGCGCAUCGAUGAGAUGGACAUUGUGCAGGGUACAGGGCCGGUUAACAUAGUGUUAAAUUUUAAAAAUGUUGACAUCACCGGUUUUAAGGACGUUGCAGUGAAAAAAGCAAAAGGUUUCACCGAAACUCCCAACGUGAUGGAGAUGAACCUACGACUACCAGUUGCUUCACUUGUUGGCAGUUACAAGAUUAAAGGAAAAGUCCUUAUUUUACCUAUCCAGGGUGAGGGUAUCAGCAACAUGACAAUGGUGAACUGCGAUUUUCUGAUGAAGUGGAACGGCGCGCUAGAAAAGCGAGCGAAUGGUAAAGAGUACUACCAGAUGAACAAAAUUAAGGCUACGUUCGAUACCACUCGCUUCUACAUGCAUCUGACGAACUUGUUCAACGGUGAUAAGGCACUGGGUGACAAUAUGAACCAGUUCCUGAACGACAAUUGGGAGGACAUCCUGAAGGAGCUAAAGCCCGCCAUCAUCGGAGCUUUCACGAAAAUCUUCCGUGCUAUUAUAACGAAUGUGUUUGAAAACGUUCCUUAUGAAGAGCUAUUCUUACCAAAUGCCUAAUAGCGAUAGCGACUAUUUCUAAAUGUAAGUAACUGUUUUGUGAUGUUGUACAAUAAACUAGUUUUCUUGACUGCUAGUAGGCAAUCAAGAUGAAACGUUA